AUGUGUUUACCAGCAUUGCUUGACAAACUCAGCGAAUCACAGGCCAUACUUCGCUCACCCAUGAGCACAACGCCUUUUAAGCCAAUACCAAACAAUGAAAAAGUGGAUUUAGCGAGGUUUCGCGUAAAGGAUCCAGUGGAGUGGCUAGUCGACGAUGUCGUGUCGUGGAUGUUGGAUGUCGCAAAGCGACACGGAAUUCCAUUUGAAGAAAUGAAUAUGCAUAGGUUUGCAAAUCUCACUGGUCAGCAAAUGAUCACCAUGACUGAACAGAAUUUCAUAGAACGAGAUCCUAUUUGGGGGCCGCUGAUAUACAACGAACUCCGAAAGAACCUCUCUGAAGAUACUUCCGUGAUCGACGAAAUCAUGAAGAAGUACAAUACCGAUGAGGAAACGGUAGCAGGAACAAGUAUCGGUCCAUCGACGUCGUUUGAUAUUCCAAAAACUCAUCUUGGUGCAGCAGCGCCAUCUCCUAUAGUGCCACAAUUCCAGUCUCUAACCCAAACUUUAAAUCAGACCCUAAAUCAGACACUGAACCAUAGUAUUCAACUUAAUUCAAAUCUCUCACAAAACUUGCAGCAGACUCUCAAUCAUUCACUAGCAACGAGUUUGGCUGCCGGAUUAUCAUCAGGUAUAUUUUGUUCACUUUUCUAUAACACUCGGCGCUUGCUUGACUCAAAAUUGACUGUUAUUGAGCGUAGAAGCAUUGUCGAUUCAAAAACUCGAAAAAAUCGGGAGGGAAAAGCAAGGAAACGCUCUCAGCACACCAAGGGCAACAAAUUGUGGGAGUUCAUUCGAGAUGCGUUGAAGGAUCCAAUCACAUGUCCGUCAAUUGUCAGGUGGGAGGACCCUAUCGAGGGAGUGUUUCGAAUAGUGGAGUCUGAGAAAUUAGCUCGGCUAUGGGGCGAAAGGAAAAACAACACGAAGAUGACUUACGAGAAGCUAAGUAGAGCGAUGAGAACCUACUACGAGAAACAAAUACUUGUACCAGUGCCAAAGACUGGUCUUUAUCCAAAGAAACUCGUGUACAAGUUUGGACCGGGUGCUCACGGUUGGGACAACAUUAAAGAAGAACUUCUCUAG